AGCGGAAAGCCGGGUUUUAUAUGUUCGUUUCGUACGUAGCUGUGUUCUUGCAAGAAUCGGAAGGGCGCGAUCUCGAUCAAGAAACCCAACCAAGAAAAAGAAACCCUAUAGGCUCAUCCCGUUUCCACCACCACCUCCACCUCCACCUCCUUUUCUCCGAGCGGCAACAAUGGCGUCCGGCGAAACAAGCAGCAGGAGGUGGGUCACCCGAUGGCCCGAUCUCCCUACCGAUAUCCUGGACGUCAUCGUCAAGAAGCUCACCCGCGCCUCCGAUUACCUCCGCUUCCGUUGCGUCUGCAAGUCCUGGCGCUCCUUCGCCAAACCCACCAAUCUUCCCUCCCACCUCCCUCUCCUCAUGCUCCCCUACGACCCCCGCUCCCCACGCCGUCACGUUCUCAGCCUCCCCACCAGGGAGAUCCGCGCUCUCCCCAUCCCCGACCUCGUCCACAAAGUAACCCUCGCCUCCUCCCGCGGCUGGCUUCUCCUGCUCGACCUCGUCCCCGCGGGCGGACGCCUCUUCUUGCUGAACCCCCUCACCGGGGCCCAAGUCCAGCUUCCUCCCACCGAUGGUUUCUUCCACCUGACCGGCUUCGAAUUCAAUCAGGUCCUUGGGGAGUUUCUGAGCAUCAGACGCGGCAACGGCUCCACCAUGAGCCCCCUCCAUUACUCGGUCAUUUUCCCGUGGAAGGCGUUCUUGCUUUUGAGCCCGAACGUGGACCCGAGGGAUUCCGUGGUGGUGAUCGCCGAGUGCUACCGUAACUCCCGUGAAAUCGCCUUCUGUAAAUUGGGAGAUGAAUCAUGGACCGUGAUGAAUACCGGUUUGGUCACUGAGCUCGUCUCCAUGGCGCACCAUGAGGGGAGCCUCUAUAUGACCGACAUGCAAAACAAUGCUUCGGUUUGUAAAAUUGCUUCCCCUUCGAACCCUGAGCCGAUCAAUUUGCCGAAUAUUGAUCUUGAGGAGUGUCAUCUGUUUUUCGUGACAACAUCUACGCAGCUGUUGUUAUUUGUCCAAUAUCAUGUAGGUCUUAUCCCCGAUGAUGCUGAUUUUGAUGAUGAACAUUUCGAUCAUUGUUUUGGAAUAUUUGAGUUGAAGCAGGGGAACGCACCCGGAUGGCAUACGAUCGAAGGCAUUCAUGGCAACAAACUGUACAUAGCAAUGGAGCUAUUUCCGGCCUACCUUGUUUUCGGUUGGGCUAUUCCUGGACGCAUAGGAGAUUGCAUUUUCUAUAGCAGGGCUUCUGGCCUUUCAUAUAGACAGCUGAAGAGCGAUUUUCAUGAAAUGAAUGCUUUCAAUUUCGAGACCGGCAACUAUGUUCGUAUAGUUCGUACUUGGGGGGCAUCACCCUCAGAUAAGUGGCUGCCUCCUGCUUGGAUCGAGCUCAAUCUCUGCAAAAUGUUGGAAUAGAGUCCAGUGCGGGACCUGCAAAAGCUUGAACCUAGGUGUAGCAGACAAGUCAAGCUUGAAUCUGGGAAGAGGCAACCUUUGCUGAAGUAGCACAAAUGCGUAUAUUUGUUGCAGUUCUAGAAUGUUUUUGUUAUUUUUUUUUUCCACUUUUUUUUUCUAGUUCUUUUACUAGUUGAGAAUGUCCUCUCCCUGUAUGAAAGUCCGCUUUUUGGCUGCUCGAA